UGAAGCCCCAUGUCCACGCGAACGCGCGGGCAGCCUCGGCGCCACACACAUCUGGAUCAGACCAGAUCCAACGGUCCCAGAAUGAAGACGAGUGGGGAGGCUGCGUCGAAAUGACGACUGCACUCCAGGACUACCUCUCAUGAUCUUCCCAUGAACCCAGAUGCCUCCUCUUCCUCUCGACGAGCGUAUAGUGGUCAUCCAGCGGCCUAAAAACAUUGCCUUGUGCGAGGCUUCCCCGCAAGCCGUUCCACAUCACUCAUCUCAGAUAUCCGCCUCUUCCAAUGGACAAAUCACCCGUGCGCCUCGCCCUCACUUUUCCCAGCCUCAUUUCUACCCACCCACCUGUAAAGCUCUGACUUUGGAAUGCAAACGCAGAUCUUCCCGCGGACAGAGAAGCCCGGGCGAUCAUUCCGUAGCGCCUCCGGGUUACAGGAACAUCCCAAGCCACUGCCACAGCAAUGGAACCGUAACUCUCAGCCCCCGACUGCCAUCCCACACACAUACCAUUGAUAUCAGAUUGACUCUGGACAAGGGUGGGAGAGCAGAAAUCAGCAACUCCCUCGGCCGCAGCGGAAGUGCCAAGGGUACGCAGCGAAAAUGUGCCCCAUCGCAUUCAGAUCAGACUGGGGGAAGAACUGGCGGCGCUGAGCGGGCAGGUGGAGGCGAACACAAAUUACAGCGAAGUCGACACGGUCAGCUGCAGUCAGCCGGCGGAGUUCUGCAAUUUGUCCCUGCGCAGGCACAGCCGUACAACCUCAGGGAUGUAAAAGAGAACGAAACCACAAGUCUUCUUCUGAAAAGACCUGACCCUCAAUUCACUUUACUGAAUCACAAGACCUCCAAGCUGGGCACCGUGCAUCACAGUCUUCCCUACCACCACAAUUCCGUCCCUGUUCCCCAUGCAUCCGUCCUAAACUCCAACCAUCCCUCUUCUUCCCCCGCCCAACCCGCGCACAUCCCCGUCUCCUUCCAACAAUUUAGCCAGCCUCGCCCAUCCCGCCACAGGGACCACCAUCCUCAUAUUCUUCAUGGUCUUCCCCUGUCCCCGUGCACUUCCCACACAGGAGGGUUUCCCAGUCCCGACCACACCUGCACCAUCGACUGCACCCAACCCUUCGGAUGCGGUUGCUGGAGGUUGGUACGCUGCAGAGGGUCUAAAGGACAUGCCUCAAGUUGCCAAGGAGGUGGAGGUAGCUCUUCCACCUCAUUUUCUUGCGUUCAUAACGUUGGUGCAGUCAAAAAAGGAGGCAAAGAAAUGGGCCUGAGAAAUUUUGGAGGGUGUCUCUCCACCGCCUCCACCUCUAACACUUCCUCAACCAACAGCACUGUGUCUGAACACCGAACAAGCCUGUUCAAACCGAUCCGCUGUGCCUCCUGCUCCAGUGAGGCUGGAAACUUUGAGAGCCCCGCUAUUCUUCGGAAGAAAAUGGUUGGGGGAUGCCUGCCUUGUACCCCAAUAUCCUCUUCUGCCCCUCUUCGGGCAAUACAAAGCUGUGUCACGGGCUGUAAUCCCAAAGCCUCACACACAGGUAGCUCCACCUGCAGCUAUUGUAGCAGCGACCCCAUCGUGGUAACAUUCAAUCCUCGCAGAGGUAAACCCCUCGGAAGAAGCAUUGGAGCACCUCAUUCGGCUUCUAUGUUCCAAGCUGACGAUGAUGACUACAGCGUACGAACUAUUUGGCCUGAAGAACUGGCGAGAAAGAUGACCCAUUCUACAGCCCAACAGAAUCACUGUGCCGGAAUAGGAAUCGGAGUUGGCAAGACGACUUCGAGGCAGAUCCAAAAUGAAAGCAAAAGAACUGGGCUCAUGCGCCUCGACUGUGAAAACCUGCAGGAGUACGCACACGCUCAGCUCACAGAUCAUGCUGGCCGGCGGCGACUGCAACAAGACAAGAUGGCCGCCCUGGAUUUUUUGGGCUGCAGGUCCGGACCGGGAUAUGACGAACAACGGAGCUCACUCAGGAGGCUUCUUAAUAAAGCAGAUGAUGCAGGAAUGGCGGGCACUCUUGAACGCAAUCGAGAGACACCAUUUCCUUGUUCGCCCUCACCCCGCUCCCCUUCUCCACCGUCGCCGGUUUCGUUUUCGCCUCCUCCGUCCGCUCCCAGCACACUCAUCAAACCCAAACCCUGGCAGAGAGACGGGGGACAUUCUCUACCAUCGGCUCAGUCCCUUCAUUUGGCUCUGAACUCGCUCAACAGAGACCAAAAUGAGGAGAAGAGCAGAAUGCACCUUUCUCUGCCACUCUCCUCUUCGCUACCCGCCUCACUGUCUGAGGAGUCUGCGAUGACUCCUGAUGCGGAGAACGCUGUGGUCAGUGCCAUCCUGCCAUUCUUGUAUCUUGGAAAUGAGAGGGAUGCUCAAGAUCUGGAUCUGCUGUUGCACCUCAACAUCGGCUAUGUGGUCAAUGUGACCACGCACCUCCCCCUCUACCACCUCAAAUCAGGACUGCACUACAAAAGGCUGCCAGCCACAGACAACAGCAAACAAAACCUUCGACAAUACUUUGAGGAGGUUUUUGAGUUUAUCGAGGAAGCAUAUCAGAGUGGACAGGGUGUGUUGGUGCACUGCCAGGCAGGCGUGUCCCGUUCCGCAACCAUCGUCAUCGCCUACCUAAUGAAACACACCCUCAUGACAAUGACGGAUGCCUACAAAUACGUGCGCAGCCGCCGUCCUGUGGUGUCCCCAAAUCUAAACUUCAUGGGGCAGCUUUUGGAGUUUGAGAGGGACCUCAACUCCGGGUUGACUCCUCGCAUCCUGAUGCCUAAACUUGAUGGCGUCGAGACCCAAGUGUGAAAGGGGCUGGUGCACACUAAAUUUGGCUUGGAGGAGUCAGUUAAUAGGAAAUUGGGGGUAUGUUUGGCAAUUAAUGCACUUUUAUACUGUGAAACAUGAGACAAACUGAUAAAUGACCUCAUGUAAGUAGCUAUUUAACUUGAUCAUCAUCCAGUAUGCUGUUUAUAGAUAAUGUGCCAAUAUAGAUGGAACAUUGUAUUGAAAUAUCUCUGUUUUUCCCCUUCAGGCCUAUUUCUUCCUGUCAUUUACAUGAACAACCAUACAAACACUGUUAAGGCUACGUUUACAUUAUGUCUCAGGUGGCCAUGGCAGCCCUGUUUCAGGCCACCAUUGACAAAAAUUGUAUCGUUGGGUUGGUGAUGGGAUGUGCUAACCUUUGAUUGCCACGACAAUUGCGGGCAAAUGAGAAACCGUGCGGGAUGGAUUAAUGAAUUACCGGUAGUUGUUGACGGAAAAUUGAGCGGAAUUGAGCGGAAGUACACAUGCCGCUUUGUGUGCUGAUGCUGAUUCUGGAGCUAGGCUAGGUAGGGGAGCUCCAACGCUGCAUGUUCUUCAGGUUUUAGCCAUAAAAAGCCUUGACACAACGUUAACAAAUGGGAGGGUCCCCAUCCGAACAGGAUGGACUGGGAGGGAUUGUAUUGGAGUCCAUGCGCCUUUGAGCCUCCAGGACUAAGUAGUGCUCUCCCCAUAUGGCUUGUCAUGGAUAGAUACUGUCAGAAACGUUAUCAAGACUUGAAUCCAGAGGGGGAAAAUUGGCUGAAUUCCCAUCAUGCACUACAUUUUGGGCAAUCGAUGCUGCCCUGGUCACCGGGGAACAGAAAGUAAACGUAGCCUAACAGAAGCCAUACUUGCAUGCAAAAUUGCAUUGCCACUCUAAUACAAUACGUUCCAACAUGUAGCAACACUAUUACAAUGCACUUUAACACAUCGGUUGAUCAAGUUGUCAUUUCUAAAAUGUCACAUUGACCUAAUGCAGAUGUGAGUAGCAUUAAUCUGGGAGCUAUAUUGUAGAAGAGACAAACAUCUCAUUAAAAAUGGCUCAAAGUGUACAUGAUGUGCACUGAUAUUGAAGUAUGAGGCAGCCAAAGGGCAGGUAAAACCACCAAAAUAACAUCAUCCUCAAUUGCACGGUUCAACAAACAAAGGUUGAAAGAUUUUUGUUCUUUUGGGAAGUGACUUUAUACACAGGAUGGUUGAUUAUCCGAGUGAUGCCAUUUGGAAACGCAUUCAGAUAUUAGGUACAUCUGCCCAACAUUAUAUGAGCUAAUACAAAGUUUUAUCAAGAAUUCUGUACUAAGAUAAAAUGAAUUAAGUCAUGUUCAGUAUUGUUAAGUGUAGAAGACACUUUCACAGUUGUAAAGAAUGUUUUUGUCGUCGUAGUUUGCAGUCAAACUGAUUACUGUUGGGUGUACAUUGUAGCCACUGGUACAUACAUGGGCUGAAUAUAGUUUUUUUUUUUAAAGGACCUUGGUAUAAUUGUAAUAUAGUAUCAAAUUAUCAAACAUUAUUGGAAAAUCAAUUGUGAAGAUGUAUCCUAAAUUGAUAUUGGAUACAUGAUGCGAUCAUGCGCUGGUGUAAUGGUGUGGUCAGUUACACUAAAGGUCCGGUACUACAGUCACACUGGAAAAAUGGUAACCACCUUUCAUUGUAUUUUUUUUUUUUUUUACAUGCUUGGUGACAAUUUCAACUCCAAUGUGCUCCCUAAAUUGAAUUUCAUAGCAGAGGAGAGUAAAAGAGCCAUUUCAAAUGUUUACAAUGUUUUGAUCAGGGCGCUUACAAGUCUCCCUUAUAGAGACCCCGCAAAACAAAUGCGCUUUGUAUUUAAUUCAUUAAGUGAAGGAGCCAGAAUCAUCUGUUUUCCAGUGAAGCCCUUUUGCAGCCUUAUCCUCACUGUGGGCCUCGUGACGAUGCAUCACUGUUUUAUGAAGGCUUUUUCGACCCUCGUGAGGCCAAAGCUGUUCGGAUAACGGACGGAUGCUUUGAUUAGAGAAGGUAUGAUUCACUGUGAACACUUCUACUGUGAACGAGACUUUAAUCGGGUCCAUUUGGCAUCAUCUUAUGGGUCUCAUGUCAGAAAAAAAAACACAGACCAACGAAAGACAUGGCAUUUUCAACAUUCACAGAAAGCUGGCAAAUAUAGCCCCCUUUUGUGAUAUUGAAACAUUGGGCUAUAAAGUAUUUAGUGUCAUCUGUAUUUAGCGUUGAUCGGCAGGAGUUUGCCAUAUAUAGGCCUACCGUAGUUGCUUCCUGUUGUGAGUCCAUGUAUUUAUACUGUAAACUCGUUUUAUAGAAAGAAUUUGGUAUUGGAACAGAAUUGAUAUUUUCGGAGCUGCUCAUAAGGCGCGCUAAUUAUUUUGCACAUUUCCGAUGCUAUACACUGUGCUGUAUUCUAAAAUUGAACCAAGAAAGAUAUUUUUGCUGGGAUAUAUUGUUGUAGUUUCUUACCACAGGCCAUUUUCUUUUUAAUUCAAAUCAUGUUGUCAAAAUUAAUGCAUGAUGAUUUUUUUUUUGGAUGAUCAAACAGGUAUACGUGUUCAUUGUAUCCAGUCACAUUAGGUACAAAACAUUGUGCUUAACUUUUGUUGUUGUUUUUUUUUUGUUUUUUUUUGUUUCGCAAAUGACUUUUAUUUAUGAGACACAAAAAGCGUAGCAUGUUUUUUCGGCAGGUAUAUACUGCACUAUUUUAAAUCGGACAUUGAAAAUCCUAUUCAAAAGUUCUCAAAAAUAAAACAAACCGCCUUCACCGUCUUUACUCUGUGUCCGUAUUAGAACAAUGACCGGGAAAUACUUGUAUUUAUUUUUUUAUUACGUUUAUUAAUAAUGUCAGUUUUAUAUAGGUUGCAUAUAUUUUCUACGGUUAUGUUUCCUCAUCAUGCUAACUGUUGUUUUUUUUUUUACACUACUGCUCUUCUAGUCAUACCUUUUCUUAUAUUUAGUGUUAGUAUUUGAAACACAUCAACCACCCAAACAAACAAUUCCGUCUUCCCCGAGCUGAUAGACCGUAUUGGAAAAGGGCCUAUUGUCAUCACUCCGUGGUUUUUUACAGACUUUAUAUGCAAAUGGCGGUAGAAGGAAGUUGUUUAAUUUCAUGCUUUAUGAACUUACUGUCGAGAUAUUCUCUUUGGGCCGCAGACUCGUGUGAGCGAAUCCAUUUUGCACUUGUAAAGCUGAAAGAUUUGCAAGGUGUCGAUGUGUCUUCGGUAGCCGUUUUGAGAACAUUGUAAACCAGUGCAUUGCUUACCUGUUAUACUUGUAUUUGGAUUUUGCCUAUCUUGAAUCAAUGUGUUACUUUUCUGUACCAGAUAUCACGUUUGGCUGAAACUGAAGGGCUAAAAAAAAACAA